GUGGAGUGAUUCCAACGUCCAAUUUACAAGGAGAAUUAUAUUAUUCUGCAAAUUAUAACCAAUAAUAAUAAUAAUAAUUUUUUAUACUUAAUGUAAUUUAUUUUUUCUCCCUUUUAAAAUACGUGAUUAUUACUAGACAAAAUUGCCACAAGAAUCCCCCUCACGAAUCUUUUUCUAAUUUUCUUCAUUUCGACUUUCUCACAAGGCUUCAACGUGUGGCCAUUUUUUCUUUUCUACUCACACACACUACUUCGGAUAUCGAACACAAGAACAUCGUCGUCUUCCUCAACCCAAAAAUCCCCCAAUUUUCCGGAGAAUCAAAGCUCUUGUUCCCAAAUGUCUGCUGCUAUCUCUCUCAAAUUAAACCUAAUUGUUUGGUGAGCUUCAUCAUCUUCUAUAAUGCUUGAAGCAAUCGCUUCUUGCCAUGGUCCCAUGGGACAUGACCUUAUUGUUCAUCGGAGCUCUAAAACAUCCAAUCACCACUCGCUAAAACACCGUUUCAGACACAUUUACAAUGGCCCAAAUCGAUACCACAAACUACUCCACACGCCGGCAUUUUCCAAGUGUCGGAGGAUACAAUACUCUGUUCAUAUAGGAGGAAGAUUUCGUAUGAAUGCAACACUUGACGUUGGUGGCGCCGUUGAAGUCAUCAAUGAUUUAGGAUUGGAUACUUUGACGUUUUUAGCUGUUACUGUUUUGGUUGUUCCCGCUUUCAAGAUUGUCAAAGCUAGCCCUAUACUUGGUUUCUUUUUUGCGGGAGUUGUGCUUAAUCAAUUUGGAUUGAUUAGAAAUCUUACAGAUGUUAAAGUUCUUUCUGAAUGGGGGAUUCUUUUCUUGCUAUUUGAAAUGGGUUUAGAGCUCUCAUUAGCACGUUUGAAAGCUCUUGCUAAAUUCGCCUUUGGUAUGGGUUUAACUCAAGUUGUUCUAUCUACUCUUGCUUUCACAGCAUUUGAACUCCCACCAAAUGGAGCUAUUGGAACACGAAUUUUGGAGUUUCUUUUUCACUCAAGAUCUGAUCUGGUGAACAUAAGAAGUAUUGAUGAAGCUAUAGUCAUUGGUGCUGCUCUCUCAUUGUCAUCUUCUGCAUUUGUUUUACAGCUUCUUGCAGAAAAAGGUGAGUUAGCAACUCGAUUUGGAUCAGCUACUCUUGGAAUACUCUUAUUUCAGGAUAUAGCAGUGGUGCCACUUUUAGUCAUACUUCCAGUUUUAGAGAGCCAGAAUCCAGUGAAUGAGAGUAUAUUGCCAAUGCUUGUGAAAGAAAGCUUAAAAGCUUUAGGUGGAUUGGGUAUUCUUUCUCUUGGUGGGAAAUUCCUUCUCAGACGUGUUUUCGAGGUUGUUGCAGAAGCAAGAAGCUCAGAGGCUUUUGUAGCACUCUGUUUACUAACAGUUGCUGGAACAUCACUUAUAACUCAGAAAUUAGGGUUCAGCGACACGCUUGGAGCUUUUUUAGCUGGGGCUCUUUUAGCCGAAACAAAUUUCAGAACACAAAUCGAAGCUGAUAUACGACCUUUUAGAGGAUUACUUCUAGGGUUAUUCUUUGUAACUACAGGCACAUCUAUUGAUACACAGCUACUUAUUCGAGAGUGGCCAAAUGUAUUAUCACUCUUAGCAGGAUUAAUCGUAAUUAAGACAUUGAUUAUAACUGCAAUUGGUCCACGUGUUGGAUUAACUUUGCAAGAAAGUGUAAGAAUAGGGUUGCUUCUUUCUCAAGGUGGUGAAUUUGGAUUCGUUGUUUUUUCACUUGCAAACAGGCUAGGGGUGUUGCCAUUAGAGCUUAACAAGCUUCUUAUAAUUGUUGUUGUGUUAUCAAUGGCACUCACCCCCUUACUCAAUGAUCUUGGAAGAAAAGCUUCCAUUUUUAUUGGUGAAAAUGUCGAUGAAGAAGAUAAAACUAUGGAAGAGGCGAAUUUUGAUGCUAGUGAACCUGUUGUAAUUUUAGGGUUUGGACAAAUGAGUCAAGUUCUUGCUAAUUUUUUGUCAACUCCAUUGGUUUCUGGUUUAGAUGGGGAUGCAGGGUGGCCUUUUGUUGCCUUUGAUCUUGAUCCAUCUGUAGUAAAGGCAUCAAGAAAACUUGGAUUCCCUAUAUUAUAUGGGGAUGGAUCACGUGCAGCUGUUUUACAAUCUGCUGGAAUAUCAUCUCCUAAAGCAGUCAUGGUGAUGUAUGAAGGAAAAGAGAGAUCAGUUGAAGCUGUUGAAAGGAUUCGUCUUGCAUUUCCUGCAAUACCCAUAUAUGCUCGAGCUCAGGAUAUUCCACAUCUUUUGGAUUUGAAGGCAGCAGGGGCAACAGAUGCUAUUCUUGAAAAUGCUGAGACAAGUUUGCAACUUGGGUCAAGGCUUUUAAAAGGGCUUGGUGUCAUGUCUGAUGAUGUCAACUUUUUAAGUCAACUUGUUCGGGACUCAAUGGAGUUACAAGCUCAAGCACUUAUUGUAACCAAGGAUCCAGACCCUGAUGUUAUGACACCAAUGCAGGUGAGGGUGGGGGAUUUAGUGACGACAAGGAAACCUGGGAAAAUGCUAAUUGGGAAGGAAGAAUCGGUGAGAAUUAGCCAAUCAGAAAGAGACAGGAUUUUAAUGACACAAGAGAAAGUUGAAGUAGUAGCCAAAAAGAGUAGUGAGUUGACUCAAGGGGAAGAUGCUAGAGGGGUGUUGUAUUGUGAAUUGGAUGGAGAUGACAAUAAUUCAAACCAACAUUAAAAGAUUGAUUUGAAUUUAUGGGUUGUUGUAUUGUUUUUCAAUUUUGUUGUGAGAUUGAGAUAUGAAUUCAAUUGAUCAAUAGAAGGUCAGAGUCAUGGGAUUUGUAUUCAAAUUAUAGGGGAGAGUGAAGCGAGGAUGCUAUAUAUUUGUACAUAACUGAAUUCAAUUUUAGCAUCGCAUUGAUUACUCAUGGGAAGUCGUAAUUUUAUGUAUCAAUUUGUGUACGUAUAUAUCAUUCUACUUUUGUUUCUUUUUAUUAUAAAA